AUGCGCGUCUCUCUUGCUCUACUCUUUUCUUCGUUUAUUAUUGCCACUAGUGCUACCGGUACCGGUCCUGAUUGUGCUCCUGUUGGUAAAGCAUGUGGGCAAAUAGGCUCAGGCCCAUACGUGAAUUGCUGCGAAUGUAACUCUGGCUCAGGUUUUCUGCUGGGCUGCGUCUAUGAUUCAGAUAAAUCUAAAGGUGAUUUCUCGCGCGGAAAGUGCAGGGACUCUAGUAUAAAAUGUACAUAG